GGAGUGUGCAGUCGCUCUGGAUUUAACGCGGCAGAGGCAGAAGCAUCACUCCAACUGCGAGUCAUUUUUUCCUCACAGAAACGUGUCCGACAACGACUGCAGAGCUUGAACCAUGUGUGGGAUCUUUGCCUACCUGAAUUACCAAGUGCCUCGCACCAGAAAGGAGAUAUUUGAGACGCUGGUGAAGGGACUGCAGAGACUGGAGUACAGAGGGUACGAUUCAGCAGGAAUCGCCGUGGACGGCCCCAACAAGACCGACAUCAACGGCAACGCCAUCUGCUUGAUCAAGAAGAAGGGGAAGGUCAAGGCUCUGGACGAGGAGCUCUACAAGAAAGACUCACUGGACCUGGACGAGAAGCUGUGCACACACUUUGGCCUCGCUCACACUCGCUGGGCCACACACGGAGAGCCGAGCGCUGUCAACAGCCACCCUCAUCGCUCUGACAAAGAUAAUGAGUUUGUCGUCAUCCACAAUGGCAUCAUCACCAACUACAAAGAGCUAAAGGAGUAUCUGAUCACAAAAGGAUACGAGUUUGAGUCAGAGACGGACACGGAGGUGAUCCCGAAAUUGAUCAAAUACGUCUAUGACAACCGAGAGAGCGACAACGUCACCUUCUCCACCCUGGUGGAGAGGGUCAUUCAGCAGCUGGAGGGGGCCUUCGCUCUGGUGUUUAAAAGCCGUUACUUCCCUGGAGAUGCUGUGGCCACGAGGAGAGGAAGUCCAUUGCUCAUUGGUGUGCGAAGCGAGCACGAGCUGUUGACCGAAAACAUUCCCAUCCAGUACAACAGUGUCCACUACAAGGAGGGAGUCCAGGAGAAGAACAACCAUAACCGUCCUGACUGCUCCAACGCCAUCAACUCUGUGGGGGAUGGCAGAGCUGUGGAGUAUUACUUUGCCUCUGACGCCAGUGCCAUCAUUGAGCACACCAACAAAGUGCUGUACAUGGAGGAUGACGACAUCGCAGUGGUGACCGGCGGGAAGCUGUCCAUCCACAGGAUGAACCGGCAGGCUGGUGAGGAUCCUGUGAGGGCCAUCCAGACCCUGCAGAUGGAGCUGCAACAGAUCAUGAAAGGCAACUUUGAUUCCUUCAUGCAAAAGGAGAUCUUUGAGCAGCCAGAGUCAGUAGUCAACACCAUGAGAGGCCGGAUUUGUUUUGACUCCAACACAGUGAUUCUCGGUGGGCUGAAGGAUCACCUGAAAGAAAUCAAGCGCUGCAAACGGCUAAUCAUGAUUGGCUGUGGCACUAGCUUCCACGCUGCAGUGGCUACCAGACAGAUCCUCGAGGAGCUGACGGAGUUGCCUGUCAUGGUGGAGCUGGCGAGCGACUUCCUGGACCGCAGCACGCCCGUGUUCAGAGACGACGUUUGCUUCUUCAUCAGCCAAUCAGGAGAGACAGCGGACACCCUGAUGGCAUUACGCUACUGCAAGAACCACGGCGCUCUGACAGUUGGUAUAACCAACACUGUGGGCAGCUCCAUUGGUAGAGAAACAGACUGCGGAGUCCACGUCAAUGCUGGGCCUGAGAUAGGAGUGGCUAGCACCAAGGCCUACACCAGUCAGUUUGUGGCCCUCAUCAUGUUUGCCCUGAUGAUGAGUGAGGACAGGCUCUCCCUACAGAUGAGGAGGCAGGAGAUCAUCAGCAGCCUCAGGAUGCUACCAGAGCUGAUUAAGGAGGUGUUGUCCUUGGAUGAGAAGAUCAAGGCCAUCGCCAAUGAACUUUAUCAGCAAAAGUCUCUUCUGGUCAUGGGCCGAGGUUUCAACUAUGCCACCUGCCUAGAGGGGGCGCUGAAAAUCAAGGAGAUCACUUACAUGCACUCGGAGGGCAUCCUGGCCGGGGAGCUGAAGCAUGGUCCCCUGGCACUUAUAGACAAAGACAUGCCAGUCAUCAUGAUCAUCAUGAGAGACUCCUGCUACACCAAGUGCCAGAAUGCUCUGCAGCAAGUCACUGCCAGAUCGGGUCGGCCCAUUGUCCUUUGUUGCCAGGAUGACCCUGAGAUGACUAAGAAUGCCUACCAGACCAUCGAGCUGCCACAUACUGUGGACUGUCUGCAGGGCAUCCUCAGCGUCAUCCCCCUGCAGCUCCUGUCCUUCCACUUGGCCGUCCUGCGAGGAUAUGACGUUGACUUCCCCAGAAACUUGGCCAAAUCUGUGACUGUGGAAUAAUUACAGCUAACAAAGCACAGGAGAGGAGGAAGGAGGCUCAUAGAUUUACAGUGCAAUUGUGCAAUUGAACAUUCAGUAUGUGUGUGUGUGUGUGUGUGUGUGUGUGUGUGUGUGUGUGUGUGCAGGUUGGGGUGAAGUAGGGGGCUGUGUAUGUGUGCGUGCACAGAUGAUCGUGUGAGUGAGAGAAAAUAGGAGAUUAUAGCGGGGCGAUAUGGUACAUUUUUUUUAAAAAAAAAGAGAAAUGUGAAGUCCGACCAAUACACUGCUGAGGAAGUGCCAGUGCCACUGAGGCCUCGCGGAACAAUCUAUGAAAACAACAUCAACGCAUCCAAAGCAACAUGCUGUGCCUUUUGUCUUAUCUCAAGUUGAGCCAAAUACACACAAAACAGGCUUAGCAGAAAAGUAUUGAUGAGGUUUAUUGAAGUGUUUACAGUUGUGCAAUAUGGGGACCAAAUGUGCAUUAUGAAUGUACACAAUCAUGAGUGAGGUGAUUACUUCUCUUCCUGUUUUAUUCAUUUCUGAUGACUGUUGGGGCCUUUUUACUUCUCUUUGCAAAAUGGAAAAUGUAGGAAUUUAACAGUUUUAUUCCAGUGAGUUCUCUGAAUUAUGAAAGUGUCGUUGCACAUUCAUGUCAUCGUGGUACCUGGUGUGCCAUAUAUUCAUAAUUUCAAUAUUUUAAGCAAAAGCGACCAGAAGGAAGUUCCUCAAUCUAGCUUUCACCUUUGCUUCAUUCUUUUGAUUUGUUCCUGCUCCAUUUUAUAGCUAUUUCAUUUUAAUUUAAACUAUAUUGUAAGUCAGCUCAUGGUAGGACGUGAACUUCUUUUCCAGAAUUUCUUUGUACUUCUUCUUGUCAUAGGGUGGAGCAUUUUUAUAGACAUACAUUAGGACUAUUUAAAGAGCACUCAUGCAGCAAAAAAAAAAAAAUGUACCAUGAUUUUCAAUAAUACUUUUUGUCAGCCAGUUGUAUGGGUUUAUGAUACUGAUAAUAUUCUGUAUUUAUCUGAUUUUUAUUUUAUCUGAUUUUUAUCUUACAGGGACUUAAGAGACGGUUUGAUUUAUAUCUUUAACAAUGUAUUUUAUACUGUAUGCUUUGUAGACAUAACAGGCACAAUCAGUCAAUAAAAAGAUAAAGCAUUC